CAUUAACAAAAACAUUUUUUUUUUUUAUUAUUAUGGGACAUUUUUUUAAAGGUUUUUAUUUCCAAUGUUAGGCAGUUGAUUUUUAAAUACAGUAGUCACUAUUAAAAUAAUCCGAAAUAAUUCCAUAAAUCACAUCUUGCGAGCAUUUUAAAUAAAAUUAUACCUAUAUAUCUUUGACGUUUUUACAAUCUCUAUUAAACAACAAAUUGUUCGAAAAUGUCGUCUGGUUGUUGCGGAACCAAUACUAAGAAACAAAAACUCCACCACCAUCAUCAGGCGUCUUUAGAUUUCAAUGGUGGUAGUGGUAGCGUGUCUACAGUGUUAAACGAUGGUAUCGUUCAAAAAAUUACCUCUCCAGCAAUGGGGUAUUUUUGUUUUGAUACAUUAUACAAUUAUCUUAACAGCCUGGAGCCUCCCAAAAAACCUGAUUUCACAAAUGACCCGUUGUAAGUUCAAUGGUAAAAGUUAAUAUUGAAUCGUAAACUCUGGUACGUAGUUACUGCUUAUACCUUAAAGCAGUUCCUACUGAAUAACCAGGAAAAUUUUGUGAACAUUUGUACACCUGUGAUUAUUGCAGCUAUUAAUCGGCCUUGUUGCUUGAAAUUGUACUAUAUUGUAAUAAUAUAGAUGUAUUUUUUUUUUCAGUAUCAGGUUUUCCUCUCUAUUUUUUUUAAAUAGGGGCUUUCUUCCAAAAUCGUUAUAGUUUUUAUACAAUGUGGUUGUUGAUUGUUUUUGUUCUAGUCCUCUAUUUGUGACAUGGGAGACUGGCAUAGACAAAAAACUCAGAGGAUGUAUUGGUACGUUCAAUUCGAUUGCUUUGCACAGUGGCUUACGCGAAUACGCCAUAACAAGGUAUUGUAGUGUUUGGUUUAUUUAAAAAUAAAGUACAAUAUAUUAACUUUAACUAUAAAUAUUCAGAAAUUAGAGUAUUAGACUUCUUGUUUUUUUAUCAACUAGGUACAAAAUUAUGAAACUAGUUCAUUAAAUAUAAAACUAGGUAUAUAAUAAAGUGAUAUUUAAUAUUGUUUAUGUUAGAUUCUGAGUGAUCUUUUUGCUUAACUAUGUGUUUUGCUUUUGUCUGUAAACAACUUGUUGAUCAGAAAUUUUGCUCCAUUCGAAAAAUGACAAGUGAAGUUUUCUGUUGCAUUUUAAAUCUAGUUAGUGAGUAUGAAAAUCAAUUUUCAUUUUUUAUGUAAUUUUUUUAAUAAUUAAAUAAAAUAGCGAACGAAUGGGAAAGUUUACAAAAAUAAUAGUUUUAUUAUUUUAAUUUUUUUUUUAAAUUCAGUUAAAAAUAUUUUUAGAAACUUGUCAUUUUAACAAAAAACUUAUAUUUGGUAGGUAUUAUAAAUUGAAUAAUUUUUUAUAUCUUAAUUUUCCAACUUCCCACUUACAACAGUAGCACUUCUAUCAGCAGUAUAAGUUCUUUUUGUUUGUUUUUUUUUUUUUAACAUAAAUUCUAAUUACAUUAUACUUCAUGCUUUUAUUAGAAAUCAAAUACUUUUUAUACAAAAUAAUGUUCUUAUUUAUGCAUUGAGAAAAUGUUUAUUUUUUUUAUCUUUAUACUUUUGUAUAAAAUAAAGAGCAUAAUUAAUUUAAAAUUUAAACUGUAUACUUAUUUUUAAUUAAAUAUUAUAUUAUAUUAUGUUAUUUUUAAGGGCUGUGAUUAGUUCAUGAACUAUAAACCAAAUAAAAAUUGUAUUGAUCAUUAAUAAUUAAAUUUAUUUCUUUGGGAAAAAAUAAAAUACCUUGUAUAUAUAAAAUGUAUAAUUGUUAAUUCCUUUAAUUGAAAUAAAAUAAAUUAAAUCAAUUGAAUUUGAAUUGCCAUUUCCUGCUUGAAAUUAAAUAUAAUAAUUCCCGUAUAGUGCAUUAAGAGAUUCACGUUUCAAUCCAAUCUCAAGCGAUGAAUUGAACCGAUUACAUGUAACCGUAUCGAUAUUGUUAAAUUUCGAGGAAGGCAAAGAUUACAACGAUUGGGAUAUCGGCGUUCACGGUAUACGUAUUGAAUUUCAAAACGAACGUGGAAUCAAGCGUACUGCUACUUAUUUACCAGAAAUAGCUGAAGAACAAGGUAUAUCUAUAUUUUAAAAUUAAUUACCUAUAUUUAUUUUUAUAGUCAUUAACAAUGUUAUACACUUCAAUUUUUCACCGGUGUAAUUAUUGUCAUAUUUUUUAAAAUGUUAAUAUUUCAUAUUUCCAUAACAGGAAUGUAUCUUUUUGGUUAUCGCUACUACCAAUGAUAGUUAAAAUAUAAUAUUGACUUAUUUAUAAAAAUAAAAUAACAUUUAAUUUAAUUUAAUUGAUAAAAUUAAUAAUUUACACGAGGUGGAAAAUGUUGUGAUAUUUUGGUUAGUAUUUCAACCAAGGAUCAUCUGUUUGAAGAGCUUGACACAAUAUAAACUCAACCAAAUAGCUAUAGAGUUUCUACAAUUUUGCUUCGUGACCCACACACUAGUUUUUUCGGUAUAACACCCUUUUCUUGAAAGAACGUCACUGCAUCUUUCUUAUUUGUUGGCAAAUCCUAAAUUUGAAUUUUUAUAAAAAUAAAAUAUAUUAUAUACAAUAAUAAAUACAAAUAAAAUAACAGCGUGAAUGCAAGUCUUCUUUUUGACAACUAGAAAUUAAAUAAAAAUAAAUAUUUAUGAGUUAAGUGUCAUUAGUAUUUUUAUAAUUUAUUAUGAAUGUAGGGAACAUAUUUGUACAUAAUAAUAUUAACAUUUAAUGAAUAGUAGAUAAUAAUUAUAUAUUUUAAUAUUGAACCUUAUACUUUAUAUAAUGUUCGUUUUUAGAACUAGUUCAUAAGUUUAAUUUUUAAUUUUUACAGGUUGGGAUAAAAUACAAACAAUUGAUUCCCUCCUACGUAAAGGAGGUUAUCGAGGUGCUGUGACACAAGAGACUCGCCGUUCUUUAAAAUUAACUCGAUACCGAAGUGAAACCGUAUCAGUUAGUUUCCAAGAUUAUAUGAACCAUAUAAAAUCUCUUCGUUGCUAACGGCAUCUAUGGGGCCAACCAGAUGAAUUGGCCCCACCAAUUUCUUCACAGACACUGCCGAUUUUUAAAUAUCAGAGUGUAUCCUUGACACACUCGUAUCAUUUACCACCUUCGAUAUAUUUCCCACAAACUUCUUCAAAUUAUAACAACUAUUCAACAAAUUAAACAUCAAUUGACCAAUAUUAAAAUGAUAAAAAUUUAUAUGAAAAGAAUAUAUUAUAAAAUUUAAGUACUUAAAUUGAUUUCUUUUCCCACUUUUGAUUAUUUUAUCCAAACUAUAAUAUAAUAAGAUUAGGGUAUGAUUCAGAUUAUAUAUUUCAAGUUUAUGAGUAUGUACUAUGUACUGUGGAUAAUUUAUUUUUCUUAUUAAAAUUUACAUUAAGCAAAUAUGGGAAUAAUAAACAUGGUGGAAGGAUAAAAGAUGGAAUCCAUUGACAUUUCUUCAAUGUAUACUCAUUUCCCUAUAUAGUUGUUUUUCAUAACAACCAAAAUAAAAACUGCUUAAUAUAAAAAUGAAUAUCCAAAUAUCCAUAUGAUUAUAAUUAGUAUAUUAUUAUUAUUUAUUCUUCUUAAAAAUUAGUUCAAAUAAUUUAGUUAUAAACCCAUUUUAUAUAAUACAUAUAUUUUUCUAACACUAUUUAAUUUUUAGAAAAAUGGUAUUUAUUAUAAAAACCAUGAAAAAAAUGAGACAAUAUUAUUCUAUGAAAAUACACAAUAUAUAUAUAAUUUAAGACUAAAUACCCACAUAUAUAUAUUAUAUAUGUUUAUAUAUAUAUUUAAGCAUAUUAAUUAUUUAUUUUUUAUUUUUAUCAUACAAAUUUUACUUAUCCAUAAUGAUAAUAUAUUAUAUAUGUAAACAACAAUCAAAGUUAAUUUUUUUCAUAAGUUAUAGAUAAUUAAAUAUAAAAAAUGUAUAGUUAAUGUUUUUUAUUAUUUUAUUUUUUAAUGUAUUUUUAAUUUAAAUUAUGACCAUGGUUGUAUUUAAUUUAAAAAUUGAAUAUAAUAUAGGAAAAAUAAUUUUAUUAUCCCCAAUAAAUGUUAUAUAACCUUGUGUGUUCAGUACAAAGCAAAUUUCUUUAUACAAACACAUUUUAUGUUCCUUAAUUUAUUCUAUUUUUAGAAAAUUAGUCAAAUGAUAUAUUUUUUAAUUGAAACUUACAUUUUGAAAUUGCCAUAAGAAGCUCAAUCUAAUGAUUUGUUAAUCAGUUUCAAAUAUUUUAUUUUUUUUAAAUUUUAUGCUUAUAUUAAAAAUAAUAUCAACACUACUUAAUUAGAAAAAUAUAUCUUUAACAUUUCAAGUCAAUCUAUGUAUAAUAAUAUAAACUGAAAAGUACGGAAUGUUCGGAAAAAUUGAUUCGCAUGCUUUUUCUUGAUUUUGUUGAGGUUCUAAGUGACUAUACAUUCAAUAGUCAGUUUUAUAUGUAAAUUUCUGUUCAUCCUAUGAAUAAGAUGUACAACAUACAUGAAUGUGUAUGUUACAGAGUCUAUUUUAUUUUACUUAUAACCAAUAUCUUGUUCUAAUCAGAUUCGCUGUAAACAUAUUCUUUUACGUACAAUCAUUGGAACCUUGUAUUUUGCUCACAGUGAUUUGUGCUGUAUUUUGAAUUUGACAUAUUAUACAAUAAUUAAAUGUUAUAAUCUUAACAUUAAUAUUAUCAACUAUUUUUUUAUAGUUAUAAUAAAAUUAAAUUUGAGCAAUGAGUCCAAUUUUAUGCAUAUUUGUGUUGAAAUGCCUAUUUCCAAUUUGUGUAAUGGAAAUCAUCACUUUGAAUAAAAUUAUUACUCAAUAUUAUGUAUAAUUCACUAUAUUUCGAAUAAGAGUUAAUUUAACGAAUAAAGAUGUAGUCCUGAUAGAUAUUAUCAAUCUGAUAUGAUUGUUUUCAGCUACAAUUGAUAUUUUUAUUGUCUGUUUUUUUUUUUUGGUUGUUAAAUUUAUUACUGAAUUUAAGUGUUGAAUGCAACUUAAAAUUUUCUAAUCACUGCUGCAGAUUUUGUUGGUGUUAGUAAAACCAUAGCAUCAUUAAUUGUACGUGAUAUUAGUAUUGAAAUUGUGAAAUUUUGGCCCAUAUUUAUAAAAAUGCCUGACAUAGCGGCAGAAAUAAACACAAUACAGAGCCAGUUUUAUUAUAUUGCUAAAUUUUUUCGAGUAAUUAGUCUUAUUGAUUGCACUCAUGUAAAAAUACAAAAUCUAGGUAAUAUAUAUUGUAAAAAGAUUGAUAAAUUAUUUUUAAUAAGUAAGAACCUAAAACUAAAAACUAAGGUACUUUUUUAUUUAAAAAUAAAGAACAUUGUUUUUACUAGCUAAAUUAAUUUUACAUUUUUAAUUAUUAACACAUAAAUCAAUUACUAUGUGGUAACUUAUUAAUGCGUUUACUUUGUUUUAAAUUUUCUAUAUCUUCAUUUUGUUGUUGCAUCAUUUUAAACCUUAAAAAAUCUAAAUUUUCCAUUUGAUAAUAACUUAUGGCAAAACUCAGUAAUACAUGGCCAAUAACAAAACCAGUAAGUCGAUUGUAUAGUGGACGACUUGUUUUCAUUAAGUGAAGAGCAAAUUCAUUAAUAAUGGCAGGUCCAUUAGAACUCAAUAUAAAUGUGUUCAUUUUAGUACCAAACUAA